AUGAGUCUUGCCGAAUCGCCAACUCUAAAGAGGGGAGAGCGGUUCCCGAGAGGCAGUGACGUCGCCGACGAUAGCAGUUUCGACGAUUCUACCCCCCAUGCUGUCAAGGAGACCGAUUCAGAUCCCAACAUGGAGAACCAGAAGGGUGCAAAGGUCAAGAAGCGGUCCCUUUUUGGAUUUGGAAAAAAGAAGGAGGGCAGCAGCUCGUUGACCGCUGGCUCCGACACGGUGCCUACGUCGCCUGUGGCAUCACAACCAUCCAAAACAUCACCGACGACAUCGAAAAUUACCGCAUCCCCAACACGCGUGCAUACCGGCGAGCAUUGUGUGUUCGUGCACCCAUCAUCGCCUGGUCGAGCUCUCUCCAGCUCACCACGGGUGUCGUCUCCAGCCGGCUCACAGAUUUUUGAGAGAGACGUACAGGACAGCACCGUGCUAAAGCCCAACUCUCCUGCUAUUCCAACUCACAUUCAAACCGAAAACUACAUCCCCCCCGUCCUCGACGAUGCCUCAGAGGCAAUCACCAACGAGAAACUGGAUCCCGACGCAGUGGAAAUUGUAACACACACGUCGCACCAGCCCGCCUCGGUAACAGUCACGGGUGCCUCUGGAGGACUUGCGUCACCGUACGACCAGAUGGCCUCUGAAUGGGCCGCUGAGCUGGCUUCGUUUGCCAGCCGCGUUGGCCUCCCUCCGGACAGUGCGUCCAAUUACGGAUCGCUGGAUUCUGCCGACGUGCGGCGGCUAUCGUUCAUCUCAUUUGCAGACGUUGUUCAGGCAGAACACGGGAAUCAAGCCGGAGGACCAGGGUCGCGGGACAGCCUUCACAUGGUGGGAUUAACUUCGCUUCCGUCUGCAGCUCUGAAUCGAUCACCAUCGCCCAUCCGAUCACCCGUGUCCAGCCAAGGACAGGGAACAAGUCCACCAACAAGUAACCCGGGGAGCAUGAAGGGAGUCGAGAUGAGCCCAACACGAAAACCGUUUGGUAGCCCCAAGCCCGGGCAACAGAAUCUGGCUGCUCCAGGCGGCGAUCUCAAUAUCGAAACAAUGAGACAGGCUCUGAGACGAACUGGAAGCGCCGACCUGAGCAGUUUUAGAAGUAACCCGACAAGCCCACUCGACGGUCCAGGUUCUCGAUAA